AUGCCGCCCAGAUCUUCUCUAACGUCUUCCUUCUCAAUCACCGACUCCAACAAUGAAGUCGUGUGUCCUCUGAGAAACCAAGAUGGCUCCAGCUGCAGAAAGCGCUGCAUCGGUAAAAGAGAGAGCUCUUCUGACACAGUCGGCGCACCACAGGAAAAACGAUACCGAUCCAUGCAAGAGCACAUUCGCAGAGCACAUCCCGAACACUACAUCUCCAAGCUUCCGGCGACCGAGGAGAGCUUCCUGCUCAUGAUCAACACCCCGCCGUCCGAACGCCCUCCCAUCCAGCAAAAUGCGACAUCAGUGCCUCAGGGUUCGUCCCUCUCAAUCCAGGGCUUCCCCCCAAAGAUUGACCAUCUUCAAGGCUUCAACCAUGACCGGCACAUGUACGACAACAGCAAUCCGGGCACGCCCCGAACGCUGGACGAUCAUGCCGUGGGCUCGCUGCUCCCUGCUGCUAGUGCCGCGGCGGCACUGGCGCAGUUGCACGGUCACAAGGUCGAACCUGAGUGGGAGUCCGAAGUAGACUGGCACUCCGACACCGAGGGGCGGCGAAUACCCAGGACAUCAAUUGAACUACCACCAAUCCAUUUAUCCAAUAGCGACAUCACCAGCGAACCAUUUCCAGCCAUGAACUCGAGCAGGCCUAGGGAUAUUUUGCCAUCGAUUCUUGCAAAUUCGCCCCCUGGACGCUCGUCAACCCUACCGCCAAUUCAGCGCCCUCCUGGACCUACUCGACCCAGAAAACAGUCAGUCACCAAGAGAGGUAGAGAAGCACACCACAAGAAACAAAAAUCUCGCGGAUCCGCAGCGGACUGGUUACGACGCAUCCAAAAUGACGAACGGCUUAGACCAGGUAAUAAUGACCGUAAGGCGUUAUCGGCUGAACCUUCUGCAGACUAUGGAAAAAGAUGGGAAGAUCUCAUCGAUGCUGCCGACCAGGCUGCUUCUGCCGCCGGUGACAUCGAUGAGGAUCGAACUCCUGUACCCCAAUCACCAGUCUCUAUCCACAGAGCUUCACUGCCCCCCUUCCAGCACCAUAAUUUCCAGGCGGCACACGCAGCACAAAGCUACCAAGCUUCGCCGCUCCAACAGGCCUUAACCCCACCAUCCUACAACCAGGACACGAUUGACCCAUUCCCGUCGGUUGAAAGCGGUGAAAGCGGGGAGAACUUCCACAUUGAGUCGAGAGGCCUGUCAGACUCGUCACCGAGUUAUUCCUCGCAAAACACUCAGAUCUACUGCGCAGCCUGUCAGAGCGUCUCACUGCUGAAGGACUCGUAUGCCUGCACAGAAUGCAUUUGCGGCCUGUGUCAGGCUUGCGUCGAUGUCCUGAUGGCAGAGCAAGGGGCUCGGCGCAAGUGCCCUCGCUGCGCAACAAUCGGCGGACGGUUCAAGCCGUUCCAGCUUGACAUCCGGUGA